UCAAAAUAGCAUAUCUAUUCUCCCGGUGCGGUGAAUCUUUCGGGUUAUUGCUUAAUUUUGGCUGGAAAAACAGAAUUAUUAUUAAAAUGUUACGGCAAUUAACAAAACAACUUUGCCGUGUUGCUGAUCUUGGCAAGACCACAAUACGCAGAACGAUUUCCACAACAAAUAGUUUAAGAAAUGAAAAAUCGCAGGAAGAAGAAAAAUCAAUUAUUGUAGACAAGGAUAAAAAUAUAACAAUGAUUGGCAUCAACAGACCCCAGCAUCGUAAUGCCAUCAAUGCCCAGACAGCAGCUAAACUAUGUGAUGCUUUUAGGGAUUUUGAAGCAGAUGAGACAUCACCAAUUGCCGUCCUUUAUGGUGUGGGUGGAUCCUUUUGUUCUGGUUUCGAUAUUUUAGAAAUGGCAACAAAUGACGAAGGCAAGGUCUCCAUGGAAAUGUUAAUGAUGCCCGAAGGUUCAGUGGGUCCUACAAGGCGACACAUACAGAAGCCGGUAGUUUGCGGCAUCAAUGGUUAUUGUGUCGCUAAUGGCUUAGAAUUAGCGUUAAUGUGCGAUUUACGUAUUAUGGAAGAAUCAGCGGUAUUAGGAUUCUUCAAUCGACGAUUUGGUGUUCCAGUAAUAGAUGGUGGUACCGUUCGCCUGCCAGCUAUGAUUGGUUUUGCUCGUGCUCUGGACCUUAUACUAACUGGAAGACAAGUUGGUGCUGAAGAAGCCCAUGCUAUUGGGCUUGUCAAUCGCAUUGUACCCACUGGAAAUUCUUUAAUUAAGGCUUUAGAAAUGGCCCAUGCUUUGGCUAAAUUCCCCCAGAGUGCCUUGAAUCAUGACAGAAAUUCCUUAUAUUCCUCUGUAUUUGAUGCUGCCAAUUUCCAACAAGCCAUACAAAAUGAAAUAAUGUAUACCUCCAGAGAUAUAAUUGAUCAAAUGAAGGAUGGCAUUAAAUGGUUCAAUCAAACUUUUAAGGAAGAUAACUGUGAGUCAUGGCUUAAACGUGAAAAAUCUAUGGCCGAUUGGGAUGAUGAACAAGUGGCAGAAGCUGCAGCCAAAAUUGAAGCCGAAAAACAAGCCCAAGACAGAGCCAGAAUUGAAACCGAAAAGAAACUGAAGGAAGAGAAGGAAAAGAAAAAAGCAGAAAAGAAGAAAAAACCCGAAGAAAAACCACAAGAAUCUGAAAUUCCUCCAAAGGAGUAGAGAAAAAUGUGUUAAUGUUGUAAUUGUUAAUUUCGAGAUCGUGUUGAUUUUUUUAUUUAAAAACGCUAAAGGAAACUUGAUAAGAAUACAAACAUUUGAACUGAUGUUAAAAUUUA